UCCCAUAAUAGGAGUACGAGGUGGUAGCUGCAGCUAGCCACCAGCUUCUGAACCUUGUCGCGGAUUGAAAUAAAACGAGAGGAAUGUCCUCUUGAAUCAUUGAGAACUGAAAUCUUCGCCUUUUCCAUGGGUUCCAACAAGGCGUUUCUCUAUGCCGCCACCAUCGGUGAUACAACUACCAUUCAAAAUGAAUAUCUUAAAGACAAGGCAAUCCUCACUGCCAAGGAUGCCGACGGCCGGACAGCCCUCCAUUUAGCAGCACUUCACAAGGACGUCAAGGUCCUCGAACUGCUACUCAACUACGGGAUCGAGCCAUCAACCACCGACAACCGCGGCCAAACCGCAUUACACAUCGCAGCCCAGUUAUCCUCCCUCCCCGUGGUCGAACUCCUCCUCAAGAGAGGUGCCCCUUGGUCGAUCCGGGACCAUGACGGAAAUACAGCCCUCUCCUACGCCUACCAGCAAUAUUCCCCUGAUAUCCUGAGCUGUUUCCUUCAAUACACACCCUCCCUCCCCACAGAGAUCCCCUGUGGCCUGACGCCAGAAAUCGUUCUUCGAUCCUCCGCGAGCCGGAAAUGGACUCCUAUCCAGAUCAGUGUCAGCGCGCACGGCCGCUAGGGUUUGUGGAGUUAUUCGACCACUUUCUAAGUAACAAUAAUCAUCCAUACGCGUCGGAAACUUGAGUUUUUCCGACCAAAAAGUGACGAUCGGUUCACCGGAUGGCCGAAAUUGAACUAUGUAU